CGCACAAAUCAUGGCAACCAAUAAUGCAACCAAUUUUUUUCUCAAGCAAUGCUUAAUAUUAUUCACCAAUCAUGCAACAUAAUCUGCAACCUUUUUUUUUUUUUUUGGGCUAAGCUUUUAUUCUCUUUUUAAUGUGAGCCCUAGAUGAUUAGAUGAAGCAGGGUUAAACGUCGUUCAAUCAUUCUCAGCAGUAACAAGUAUCUUUACCGUUACCGAUUUCGUAGUUCACGCGCUGACAUUUCUUAUCCACAAGAAGGAAACUGUGGGCCUGUUUGUGGGUUCGGCAUCGCCACAGAAUCAGCAAGACUUGUCCGGGCCAUAUGAUAAUUUGCAUGGCCCAAAAUUUGGGCUGGAGCUGACUCAGCCUUGACGUAACGUCCACGUGUCCGUACCCAGUACAAUUUAUUGUUUUAUUACCAAUUUCAUCAUUUGCUGAGCUGCCUGCGUUUGGGCCAUGACUCAGCCUAUGGCCCACUUGUCUUUUAUAUCCAUCAAUAAUAAUAAUUAUCCGUUCUAAUGGAAAGUACUAAUACUGUCAGGCCCACAUCACAUAGUUUGUUUUAGUACCGUUCAGUCUGAGCUAUUAAAUAAAUUAAUAAUAAUUAGUGUGAAACUCUUAUAUUUGACAUUUCUGCGGUUAAAUUUUGGCAGACUCAGGAGACGACACGUGGACUACUUGGCACUUUAUUUUGCUGUAUUUCAACAAGCUCUAUAUAACCGACCGCCAGCCAUUAUCUGCCGUCGCCACAAAUUUCUCCGCCGUUCCCACUCCCUCUCUCUGUUAUUAAUCCAAUUAUCCAAUUCGCAUAAUUAAUUUCACACUCUAUCCAAUCAAUUUCCGUUCUUUUCUCCGAUUUCCCUUCGCCAUUAGAUCCGAUCCUAAAUCCUAAUCCUCUCCUCCUCCCUAGCUUCCAGGCUAAUUCGUCUCCUUUAAUACCUUCGCCGAUCGCCGGAUUGGGAGAUCCCCAGUUGAUUCUUUUCAUCCGAUUCCUUUUUUCUUUCUUCUGGGUUUCUGAAAGUUUCGUUUUUUUUUUUCUUCCUUCUUCCGCGGGUUUACGUUUUCAAAAGCUUCGGAUUCGGGCUAAAAUGGAGGUUUCGGUGAUCGGCACUUCUCAGGCAACGUUCUGCAGCGGCGGGGAGUUGGCGCCUUGCAGCAGGGAGCUGAGAUUUUGCGUCCCCAAGAGAAACGGCGACGCUCUCUACUUCCUUGAUCGAAAUUCCCGCCGGAGGUGCAGAAACUCCCGGCUGCAGCUCACCCUCACCGCCGCCGCCCAAUCCGAACCCGUCCGGUCCGAUAGCUUUCCCGUUCAGGAGCCCGCCACAAUACCCGAUUCCGUUAAUAAAGUAAAGUUAUUCGUUGGGUUGCCGUUGGAUGUGGUCUCUGAUUGCCACAGUGUAAACCAUGCGAGAGCCAUAACGGCAGGUCUCAAAGCUCUGAAAUUGUUAGGGGUAGAAGGUGUGGAGGUUCCGGUAUGGUGGGGGUUGGUGGAGAAGGAAGAAAUGGGGGAGUAUGAAUGGUCAGGGUACCUUGCCGUUGCAGAAAUGGUACAAACAGCAGGGUUGAAGCUUCACGUCUCGCUCUGUUUCCAUGGCGAUAGACAGCAUAAGGUCUCGCUUCCUCGAUGGGUUUUGAAGAUUGGCGAAUCGAAUCACAGCAUCUUUUAUACUGAUCGAUCAGGGGAAGCUUAUGAAGACUGCUUGUCGUUGGCUGUGGAUGACCUUCCUGUUCUCGAUGGCAGGACCCCUCUUCAAGUUUACAAGGGUUUCUGUGAGAGCUUCAGGUCCACAUUUGCCCAGUUCUUGGGUUCCACUAUAACGGGAGUAACAAUGGGGCUAGGACCAGAUGGCGAGCUUCAAUAUCCAUCUCACCACCAACCUUCCAACAACAACAUCCCUGGAGUUGGAGAGUUCCAAUGCUACGACGAAAACAUGAAGGACCAGCUAAAGCAACACGCAGCUUCCCUCGGCAAUCCCUUGUGGGGGCUGGCAGGCCCACACGAUGCCCCGACUUACAACCAGACCCCGGACUCCAGCCCCUUCUUCAACGAACUCUCCGGAUCAUGGCAAUCCCCUUAUGGCGACUUCUUCCUCUCGUGGUACUCCAACCAGCUGCUCUCCCAUGGUGACCGCCUCCUCUCCAUGGCCUCCAAUGUCUUCACAGACACCGGCGUAACAACUCAUGGCAGAGUCCCUCUGAUGCACUCCUGGUUCAAAACCCGGUCCCGUGCACUCGAGAACACUGCUGGGUUCUACAGCACGGACGGGAAAGAUGCAUACGAAGCAUUUGCCGAGAUGUUUGCUCAGACCUCGUGCGGGAUGAUCAUUCCCGGGAUGGACUUGUCGGACGAUGAGCAGCCCGACCAGUCAAUGUCUAGCCCCGAGAUGUUGCUUAAGCAGAUUCAAGCGGCGUGCAAGAAGCAUGGAGUUGGGGUUUCUGGGAUGAACUCCGGUCUUCGUUUGAAUGGGUUUGACCGGAUUAGCAAGAACGUAGUGGGGGAUGAGAAUAACGUGGUUGAUUUGUUUACUUACCAGAGGAUGGGAGCAGAGUUCUUCUCACCGGAGCAUUUUCCGUCUUUCACCCAGUUUGCUCGGGGGCUGAAUCAGCCUUUUGCUGGGCUGGAUUCGGAUGAUCUUCCUACGGAAGAAACUCUUCCGGUGGAGGCUCCUGUCCCGUCGAAUGCCGAGAUGCAAACGGCCUAAUGGUGAAGAGACUGACGUGCGCUAAAAUAUGUGUAUAUAUAUAUAUAUAUGUUUCUGUUAGGCUGUUAGUUUGGCCGCUGCACCCUUUUGAUAAUUAUUUGUAACCAAUUGUAACAAAUGCGUGUGUUUGAGAGUCAGGAAAUUGAGCAUACUAAGGAGCUAUUGAAUGAACUUUGAAAGCAAAUAUAAAAUAAUUUAAGAUCAACUUCCCAACGGUAUCAAUCAAGAUAUCCCAGGAUCAUAAGUAUUGAUCAACGCCUCAAAAGAACUGUGUUCCUCUCGUCGCAGUAAUGUCGAUGAUUUGUACUUCUUCCCUCUACUCCAGUAUUCAACUGCAAAUACCACUCUCGAGUUCGAGCUAACCGAGAUUUGUACUGCUCCUUUCAUCUUACAAAUACCACUUUCGAGUUCGAGCUAGAUAAUUUAGUAAGACUGCAUGGAAGAGUUCUGCUUGUGACACCAAGUAUCCAAGAGUUAUUCUCCUCUGUAUUGCAGUUUCCUCGGAGAAAUUACAGAAUGGAAAAGAGCAACAACUUACACGAAUGUUAAAACAAAGUACCGAAACGUCGGAAACCUCUCAUGUACACAGACAGACCAGCAAACUAUACAUAACAACGCCUAUUUUAUUACAGUUCCAAUAAAUCUAAUUAACCAUCACCAACUCUCGAGUUUCACCUCAGAUGAGUUGAGGUCAAGAUGCGGGCAAAUCUCCGCAACCUAACGGAGGCAGCGCCAUUUCCGCGCCCCGCUACAAUGUUUGUUCCCACUGGCGAGAACUUGCUUGGUCGACUUGCACCAGGUGAUCAAACCUUUCACCACUCAACUGCACAAGAAGAAAUAGGGUUAUAUUAGCGACGGAACAGAACAGAAUCUAAUGGCGAGCCUGGAGACGAUCUCUGUAGUGAUGCAUGACUUGAGUCCUUACCAUGUGUACGAAAAUAGGGAUAAAUUAAACUUCGAAUCCCUCAUUUAAAAGAACUUAAACAGAUAAACGAUAACACCGCGUGUGUAAGUUGAAAUAUACCUCAAUCAGUCAG